ACAGUCCGCACCCCUGCGGCUGAAGUGGUACGUUCUGCUUCACAUUGACGUCAUUCAAUAACCCGGAAGUAGGAGGAAGCAAGUGGUGGUGUGUGGAAGCUUCGCCGGAGACGGGAGCCCUCAAACCUCUUACCGGGAAGAUUUAACACCGAAUAGCGAUGUCUCCCGACGAGCUGGUGUACCUGGGAAUUCUCGCCGCCUCCAUCCCUGCUGGAUUCCUCUUCCGUUACCUCAGUCCACCGGUGAAGCAAGGGGCCGCUCUUCUCCUGGGUCUCUCUGUCACAAUCGCCACCUGCCACAUCCACACACUCCACUCUCUGGUGACGGUGAUUGGAACAUGGAUUAUUAUAAAGAGCAGCUGGCAACACGCCCCAGCAGUGAGUCUCAGCUGGACUUUUCUCUACCUGCUCUUCUUCCGGCUGGUCACCUGGUUCGGUCUGCCACAGCCGACACCCUUCGCCAAUGCCGUCCAGCUACUUCUCACUCUCAAGAUGGUGAGUUUAGCCAACGACGUGAACAUUUUCCACAUGGAGAAGAAACAGGACGUGAGCUCUUUUUCCAAGUCUCAUGUCAUCAGUGGUCUGUCCGAGGAGCCGUCGCUCUACGAUAUUCUGUCCUAUAGCUACUGUUAUGUUGGUAUAAUGACAGGUCCCUUCUUUCGCUUCCAAACAUACAUGGACUGGCUGACGCAGCCGAGCCCGCUGGCCCUGCCCAGCUGGACGCCGUGCCUGCAGCGCUUGAAGCUGGUGCCGGUCUACGGCGCUCUGUUCCUGGCUGUGAACUCCGUCUUUCCUCUGGCUUAUGUUCGCACAGACGAGUUCCUGGAUCACAACUUUUUCUUUAGGUUGUUCUACAUGAUAGUGGUGUUCUUUGUGUUCCGGAUGCGUUUCUAUGCAGCGUGGUGUGGAGCGGAGGCUGGUUGUAUCAGCGCAGGUCUGGGCUGUUAUCCAGAAAAGGCGCUGUCCAAACCCGGAGGAGGACCCACUGUCAAGUACAGUGCUGAUCCCUCAGCUGAGGAGAGUUAUGACUUCAAAACCAUCCAGAACAUCGACUGCUACAACACAGACUUCUGUGUGAAGGUUCGACAUGGCAUGCGUUACUGGAACAUGACGGUGCAGUGGUGGCUGCAUCACUACAUCUACCCCAACGCACCCUUCAAAUCCUACACUCUCAGGGCUGGUUGGACCAUGUUCAUCAGCGCCUACUGGCAUGGAAUCCACGCUGGCUACUACCUCUCCUUCCUCACCAUCCCGCUGUGCAUCGCGGGCGAGUCGGCCAUGGAGGCCUCUGUCCGAGCCAGAAUGGGUCCCCGGGGGCAGAACGUCUUCGACUGGGUUCACUGGUUCUUGAAGAUGAGGGCCUAUGACUACAUGUGCAUGGGCUUUGUGCUGCUGAAGGCCUCUGACACCAUCAACUACUGGACGUCCAUCUACUUCAUCAUGCACAUCAUCGCCGUUUGCUGUAUAAUCGUGGGCAGGGUACUGAAGGGAGGGAGAAGGGAAGGGAGGAGAGGGGACAAAGAGGAGAAAAGAGAGGGAGAGAAGUUAGAAAAGGGGAAUGACAAAACAGACUGAAUGGAGACAGACAGGAACUGGUAGGAUACUUUUCAGACACAAGGUGUUUCUUCAACACCAACACUCAUCCUUCUAGCAUCUAACAAAGUUCAACUCAAUUGUAUUACGAAUACAGUGAGUCAGACAAAAGUGUCAUGUAAAUAUCAGUAAAACGUCGCCACUGGAGACAUUUCUUAUAAAAUUACUGAGAACACGGGGAGGGGAAUGUUUGAGCACAAUGAAUGUUAAUUUUUGUAUGGUUCGGGGCAACUUGGGGAUCUGAAUGUGAUUUUGUUUCAAUAUGCAUUACUGGUCUUUGGCAUGUCAAGAUAGUUGCUAUUUUAAAGGCAGGUUGCAACAAUAACUUGUGUGACCCUGAAUUUCUAUAGUUUCCAUAACCAACAACACAGUCCAGCAGCCCUCAGUGUUUUGUAACAGUAUGUUUGUUCUGGAGCAAAGAAUGAAUGGAUUGCAACGAAAAACACACAAUCAUGGUGUCGUCGUCAUCGGGGCUCAGCUGUCUCAGCCUGUGUGAUGAUCCCACUGAGUUUCUAUUAUAAAUCGUAUGAAACAAUACUGAAUAAUUUUUCUGCCCUUUGGCAUUUCAAAGCAGAACCAUGACUAUGAUGUUUUUGACAACAACAAACCGUCUCAACUAAAUAAUGUUUUUAUUUAAAUGUAGAAAAAUUGCCAUGUAAAACAUUCUGCGUGGCCUUUUCUAUCGGAGGUGAGCAGAAACACGAGCAUAUUGGUGCACAGUAAGAUUAAACAGGAGCAGAGCGAGGUCCAGAUUAAAUCUAUUUUACUGCCUAAUUCCAUUAAGACCUUUGUGUGUUUCAACAGCCUGAAGCAUUUUCAAGAUUAGAAUGAGUGUCUGAUCAUCGACUGUGUGUUUCAAUUUAUUCAAUUUAUUCUCUGGAUUUUGUUUUUCUCCUGUCCUUUUUUUUCUGCCUGUAACAAUGAACAACGGGACUCGUAUCAGGAACAUGUGCGAUUACAUCUCUGUAGCAGCGUUGUGUCCAGUGAAGAGUUUGCCGUGUGAAGAACAGUCUGUUCACUGCCAAAAUGUCUGUACUGCAAUCGUGGACCAUUCAGGGUUGGGACCAAACGUUUGAUACAAGUUUAACAUCGGCGUCAGUCGUGGGUGACAGCUCAGUUAGGGAGGGGAGAUACGGAUAUAACCAUUAUUCAUCACAGUUCUUUUCCAGUGUUGAUAAAUGCCACAAUAUUUAAAAAAUAACAUUUACUAUUCACUUAUUAGAUUAUUCCCAUGGAUGCUUUCAAAGUUAUAUAUUACAAAUUCACAAACUGAAACAUUUGUUCAGACGUAGAUAUUUCAAGGUUUUUUUUAUGAUAUAAUAGCUUCACGAUAUGAUUCUGCCAAAAGCUGAUAAAUUAUUAUACUGAAUUGUACAGUGUUCACUUAGAAAGCAUGUCAAGGGAAACUUCAAACGUGUUUUAUAUGAGCAUGACUGUUGGCAGAAUCAGGUUUUUUCUUCCAAUGUGUUUUUGUUGUAUAGAUUUGACUUAGAAUGGGGAUAAUUUACAGUUAAAGAUUACAUGGAUUUAAUGUCAUGCAACUUCCUUUUGUCCUUCUCUGUGCCAAACCUCAACCCUUGCUGACAUUUUUUAUCAUCACGUCACAGGGAUGAUUCAUAUAUUUUUUGCCUUUUGUCUGUUUCAUUUACUAGUCUUUGCCUUCAUAUGCUGCACACACUGUAACGCUCCCUGCUCUGCUCCAGUGUUACAUGUGGCGUGACUGUUCACCGAUGUUACUCAUUGUCUCUCCUCUUAUUUAAAGUCAUCUUGGUUACCUGUGAAACAUUUGUUCGUUGUGGAGUUCUUAAUUACCUUGUGUAAUGCUUUGAGACAAAACUUGUCGAAAAAGCGAAAAAAAAUUGUUUUAGUGAACACACGCACCUCCUUAGUUACCUCACAACAGCGUUUCAGCGCUUUCCCUCAGCUGAGAGCCAGUGUGUGUAGUUAACUACGUCCAUGGUAAGACUUUAUAAACUCAUCGUAUUAGUUUGUUUUCCAUCUUUGCCUGCAAUAAAUUCACUUAAGUAAUUCA